GAUCAAGGUUGUAUAAGCGGGCAACUGCGUCUCCGAGUCCCUAGUGUUGCUGCCUGGCCGUGGCCCAACGAGCUCAGCAGUGUGCCCAGUCCACGGGGAGCGUCCAGUCUCUACACCUUUCCUACGAGUGCAGUGCCCAUCCUAGUGUGUCAGCAUGGCCCUCAGCAGGCACCUCCUCCGCGGCGUGGGCUGGCGAGUGGCCCCUCAGCUGUGCAGGGCCCAGCAGACCUCAGCCCAGCCAGCCGCCAUAACUACAGACAAGAAGGAGGCCCCAAAAGCCAAAUUCGACUGGCGCGAUGCCCUCAACUUGGAGAGUCAGCUCACCGAGGACGAGAUCAUGAUUCGCGACACCUUCCGAGACUACUGCCAGGAGAAGCUCAUGCCCAGGAUCAAGGAGGCGAACAGGCAUGAAAAAUUUGACCGGGACAUCAUGUCGGAGAUGGGGGCCAUGGGCGUGCUGGGGCCAACCAUCCACGGGUAUGGGUGUCCCGGAGUGUCCUCUGUGGCCUACGGACUUAUUGCCAGGGAGGUGGAGCGUGUCGACUCGGCCUACAGGUCGGCAAUGUCUGUGCAGUCUUCCCUAGUCAUGUACCCCAUCUGGGACUUUGGCACAGAGGAACAGAGGCUCAAAUACCUCCCUAAACUAGCCAGGGGAGAGCUGGUGGGUUGCUUUGGCCUGACAGAACCCAACCACGGCAGUGACCCGGCGGGCAUGGAGACUCGCGCCAAGUAUGUCCCCUCCGACAAGGUGUACCUCGUCAGCGGCUCCAAGACAUGGAUCACGAAUUCCCCCAUCGCUGACGUCUGUGUGGUCUGGGCCAAGUGUGAGGACGGGCACAUCCGUGGGUUCAUCCUGGAGAAGGGCAUGCCGGGCCUCGACUGUCCCAAGAUCCAGGGCAAGUUCUCCCUCCGCGCCUCCGACACUGGCAUGAUCCUGAUGGACGAGGUGCCGGUGCCUGAGGAAAACAUGCUGCCUGGUGUUAAGGGCCUAAAGGGCCCCUUCAGCUGCCUCAACAACGCCCGCUUCGGAAUCGCAUGGGGCGCCCUGGGAGCGGCCGAAUUCUGUCUGGAGGCAGCCCGCAACUACACCCUUGAGAGGAAGCAGUUUGGGCGCCCCUUGGCCAACACCCAGCUGAUCCAGAAGAAGAUGGCCGAUGCCCUCACAGAGAUCUCCCUCGGUCUUCAGGGCUGCGUGCAUGUUGGGCGUCUCAAGGAUGAGGGAAAGGCCACUCCAGAGAUGAUCAGCCUCUUGAAGCGUAACUCCUGCGGCAAGUCACUGGACAUCGCGCGUGCCUGCCGGGACAUGCUGGGUGGGAACGGGAUCUGCGACGAGUACCAUAUCGUGCGGCAUGUCAUGAAUCUCGAGGCUGUCAACACUUAUGAAGGCACCCAUGACAUCCACGCCCUGAUCCUGGGGCGUGCCAUCACAGGACUGCAGGCUUUUAGUGGACAGUGAGGUACAGGAAAACUAGUAAAAAGGUCCACUGUCAAAGUACCCGAGCCUUUGAAGUGAGAGUCUGCCUUUUAGCAUGUACAGGAACACAGAUAAGGUGCUUCAUUUUACCCUACAACAGCCUUAUUUUUAUGCAUGUACAGUAGACCCUUCAUUUACUGUGUUUAUUUUCUAGGAUUUUAUUAUAACAUGCCCUUAACCUAACUCCUUCACACACACACACACACAUACACACCCAAAAAAAGUCCUAUCAAUCCCUUAUCAAUAAAUCACACUGAAAUAUUACCUUUCUUUCUGUAAUACCUAUCUCAUGUUCAUUAAAGGGUCUUCUGUGUUAUUUUUUCUAUGUCUGUUUGAAUGUUAGCUUAUUAGGAAGGGAAAAGCAUCACUAUGAGUCUUUGUUUUCUCUUCUAGUAAGGAAAUAUGAGAUGUUUACUGUAAAAGGGGUGACUGAACUAAUUAAGAUGGUAUUCUAUUCUUUGAUGGCAUCUGGCAGUGGCUGAACUCUCGCUGCAUUGUGUGGUGAAGGAGGUUAAGGAAAAAGCGACCUUAACCCGGUAGCAGCGACGGGCCAAAUUUGUGGCUUUACCGUAUACCAGCGAUGGGCCAAAUUUCUGCCAUGAUAUAAACCUCCCAAAAUAGAUGAUGCAUAAACUGAUCACACAUGCGUUGAUAUAUAUUAUGAAAUGGUUUGCGUGAGUGAUGAUUCUUUCUCAUUAUUUUACUUAGAGGGGCCUUUAACCUAACCUAACCUAACCUAACCUUAGAAACAUGACCCCCGCAGCUACCGGGUUAAAGUGGUUGAUUCAUAGUCGUAAAGUUGCGUGAUUUUUCUGUUAAACUUGGCUGGUGGGGCGUGUAGAGUGCAGAUUCUGGUGCUUGCUUUAGAACACAAUUUGCUCAAAGUUAAUACACUGGCAAGCCAUCCUAUUUACAUUAUAUGCCUCAUAUGUAAUAGUUGCAACAGGGUAUACUCAGUUUUAGUCCUGGUUUCAUUGGGUAUUCCUGUAUAAAUGUAUGUUUGUUUUUCUGUAUGGGAGAGUAUGUGGAUCUAUUUUCAGUUCUUCAUCUUCUCCUCCUCCAUUAUCUUCUUGGGGCUUGGAUAUCUAGUGGGUCAGAGCAAAUGGGUUUAAGCUGUCAAAAGGAGGAAGAAGAUGAAGAAGAAGGAGAAGAAGAGGAUGUGAGAAGGCAAAGAAGUGUUAUGUUAUAUUUCUAUACCAAUGUCAAUACUUUCAAAAUUGUGGUGUGUAAGGAGGAGGUUGUCGGGGUGAAGGGAAGGGAAGAGCUGUAGUGAUAGUGUAGGAGUAUAUGUUUAAGGAGGUUAUUAGACUAGCCAGGAUGAAGGAAGGGGAAGGAAAUGGUAGAACUGUAGUGUUAGCUUUUGAGUGUGUUUGUAAAGAGAGUGUUGGACUAGCCAGGAUGAAGGAAGGGGAAGGAAAUGGUAGAACUAUAGUGUUAGCUUUUGAGUGUGUUUGUAAAGAGAGUGUUGGACUAGCCAGGAUGAAGGAAGGGUAAGGGGAAGGAACUGUACGGUAGUGUUAGCUUAGGAGUGUAUUUGUAAAGAGUGCGUUAGACUAGCCAGGAUGAAGGAAGGGUAAGGGAAGGGAAGGGACUGUAGCUUUAGUGUAUCAGGGUGUAGAGAUGUGUGAAUGAGCCUGAGAUAAAACUCGAAAAAAUAAAUGUUGAAAUAUGCGUGACAGGUGAAUAUGUGAAAGUCCGAGUGCCAUAGUUCAUUCAAGUGAGGAGAGGAUAAGUGAAGCGACUCGAUUGGAAAGCAGGAAUAGGAAUAGGAAUAAACGAAACUUUCCAACUUUCAUCACUGACACCAUGUUUUCUUUUUGUGUUUCCCGGCAAAGGAGGCAGCUCAAUGGCGGAUAAACGAAAACAAUAAAAAUAAAGCCCACAAAUGCUGCUCCUACAAAAGAAAAUAUUACGAGAGGCUGAAAGUUACCCAAAGAUCCGUGCAAAAGUCAAAUUGAUGGGGAUACUAUAGUGUUUUUGUGUGCUUUAGGGAUAGUUAGGGUCUUGAAGAAGGACCUCAAUUUUGAAAACAUUAUUGUAUCUGUAUUGAUUAGAAUUUUGUGAGUCUUAUGAAGGGGCCAAACUCUUAUUCUAUGGCUCUUGUGUGGAUAAUCUUACAAUGCUUCCAUAAUAUUGUGACUUAGCUAAAUACUUUGUGGAAGACUUUCUACUGAGCUAUAAAGAGGUCAUCUAAAAAAAACUUUGUGAGACUUUUAUGAAGGGGCCAAACUCUUAUUCUAUGGCUCUAGUAUGGAUAAUCUUACAUUGCUUCCAUAAUAUUGUGACUUAGCUAAAUACUUUGUGGAAGACUUUCUACCGAGCUAUAAAGAGGUCAUCUAAAAAAAACUGUGAGACUUUUAUGAAGGGGCCAAACUCUUAUUCUAUGGCUCUUGUGUGGAUAAUCUUACAUUGCAUCCAUAAUAUUGUGACUUAUUGCAGCUAAAUACUUUGCGGAAGAUUUUUUACCGAGCCAUAAGGAGGUCAUCUAAAAAAAACCCUACUAUCUCUCUUUCUAUAAAUAUAUUACAUGCUGAAGGAUAUUCACCGAGUAUCCUGCCUGAAGAAUCUGACCGUCCUUGUCACUUGGCUGUGUGAAAGGAGUUUGUACACUAUGUUAAGAAGUUAUGCAAUGUAGAAGUCUGUGCUAAUUAUAUUUUAAUAAAUUAUAUAUUACACAUUUGA